GCUCAGUAUAAAGAGCCGCAGUGUUGCCUCUUUUUCUCACAUCAACUGCAGGCAUCCGAUUAGUAGUAAUCAACAGUGCUACAGUGCUCUUAAGUGACGGAGGACCGUUUUUCUUCGGGGUUUCGCGUUUUACCCAUUUUCUUUUAAGUCUUUUGUUUUUUACUGUUACAAAUAUGAAGGAAAGGAGAAAUACGCAGCCGUUGGUGGUGAGAUGUAAACUGGUUCUGGUUGGCGAUGUUCAAUGCGGAAAAACGGCGAUUUUGCAAGUCCUCGCGAAGGAUUGUUAUCCAGAGGUAUGCGAAUAUUUGUUCUCACGUUGCAAUACUGACAUUUUAAGAUGCAAAUCAUAUAUGUUCUGCAGAGCAUCCAUAUUGAGUUAGUACAUGCCUCUGUGGAUUUGAUGAGCCUAAUAAAUGUUUUUGGAAAGUUAGGAAUAUAUGCUAACUGAUGAUGGAUUCAUUUCUAAUAGUGCACCAUCCGCUUCAGCUAGAGGCUGCCUAUAGCUGCUACAUGAUGCGCAUUUCCAAGAAUUCAGUUUUCACAUUGGAUUAUAUCAACUUUUCUACUGUAGGCUUCUGAUCAUCACAUCACAUUGAAUUUUCUUUUAUAAACCAUAUAUAAUAAUGCAACAAAAAAAAUCAUUCAUUUAAAUUUUUCAUUAGUUCACUUUUUCCACUUUUCUAUAUUCCAUGCACAUAGGGACAUAAAGCAUUUACUGCAUAAUUGCUAAUUUGUACUAUUUUCACAUUAGAAAGCUUCCUUUCAUGUAGGUCCUAAUUAUGAAAUGAUAAAUUCCAUCAGUAGUAGCAGGGAUAUUGACAGACGGGUUAUGUUGCUUCUCUGCUUAGACCUAUGUGCCCACGGUGUUUGAGAACUACACAGCGUGUCUGGAACUGGAGGAACAGCGUGUGGAGCUCAGUCUGUGGGACACAUCAGGUAACAACAUCCUUCAUCCUAUUUCAUCCCUCCUCUGUGCCAGUAACCGAAAGGUCGCUGGUUCUAAUCCCCGAGCCGACUAGGUGAAACAUCUUUCGAUGUGCCCUUGAGCAAGGCACGUAACCAUAAACCAUGUAAGUCGCUCUGGAUAAGAGCGUCUGCUAAAUGACUAAAAUGUAAAUGUAUAUCCUCUAUCUCAUCCGCUAUAUGACCUGCGUCACAGUGGUCUAAAGUAUUCACUCUCAGACCGGCCUUAGCUCUUUCGUUUGACUGUGUUAAACAUUGAUGCAUUACUGACAUGACUUACUAUAUCAUAGCAACGCCUGAAAGCACAGCACAUCCAGUCUUAUUAUGUGGCUGCACAAUAUUGAUGUAUGUGUAGUGUGUACGACGUCAUAGAAUCCUGGUCGUGUAGCCUACUGACACUAGCCUACAGCAUGGGUUUUCAAAACUUCUCCCCUGGGGACCCCCAUCCUUUCCAUGUAAUUGAACUAUUCCAGAGCUAGCAAACCUGAUUUAAAUUCUCAACUAAUCAUACAUUGAUUAGGUGAAUCAAGUGAGCGAGUUCAGGGUUACAACUAAAUAUUUAAACGUCUGGGGGUCCCGAGGAGAGGUUUGAAAACCACUGGCCUACUGAAUGUUGUGCUAGCUUACUGACACUAUAGCCUGCCCCACUAUAUGUUGUGCUAACUGAGUAGUGUACCCUGUAGCCUACAUUAUGUUAUUAUGCUAACUACACUGUAGCAUAGGGUCAUGGUGUCGGUGUAGAACCUCCCCAGGGCCCUCCACUGUAAAACCACUGACCUGAAAACAACCGACUAACUGAUAACCUGGAUCUGCCCUGCCAAGCUGCACCUGUUCAUAUCCCAUCACAUCUAGCCUAGAUACAGUACCUAGAUCUCAUUCUAUACACAGAUCUCAUUCUAUAUUCCCCCACACUAAAUAUACAGAUACCACUGUAGGCUGCGCUAAAUAUACAGAUACCACUGUAGGCUGCGCUAGAUAUACAGAUACCACUGUAGGCUACGCUAAAUAUACAGAUACCACUGUAGGCUACGCUAGAUAUACAGAUACCACUGUAGGCUGCGCUAGAUAUACAGAUACCACUGUAGGCUACGCUAGAUAUACAGAUACCACUGUAGGCUGCGCUAGAUAUACAGAUACCACUGUAGGCUACGCUAAAUAUACAGAUACCACUGUAGGCUACGCUAGAUAUACAGAUACCACUGUAGGCUACUCUAGAUAUGUGUUAGCUACAGUGGGUCAGGAUGGGUUAUUAUUAGUAGAAUCAGUAUGGUUUGGCCGUCAGCAUACUGUAACACCUUCAUGUUACCUUGAUAUUAUUUACAUACAUCAUGAUGAUCAACCUAUAGCUUAUAUCUCAUUCCAUACUCAGAUACCCUACUCUAGAUAUGUGUCUGUCGGCUACAGUAUGUCAGUAUGGCUGAGCCUGUGAUUAUUAAUAUGUAUUGGUACCCUUUGGCUGCAUUCAUAGUGGAUAUUGUCAAUCCUUUAUAUAAGAGACCCACUUGGAGCCUAUAUAAAGUAAUGUUUACCACCGCCAUCGUCGUCCACUGCAUGACCCCCAUGAGCAGAAUGAAACGUAAAAAUAGUAAAUGUAAUUUGUUUCAGUGCAAAUCUCUGGCUCUUUUUUAAUCCGAGCCCUGGCCUCUGAUCUGAUUGGUCGGACUGUGGCACAGUGCCCGUUGAUGGGCAGAGGGCAGAAGGAGGGAGGUGUUAGUGGGAAGAGCCAGUGGAUUUGGCAGAGGGAGGUAUCAGAGGGUUUUUGGAGCAGAUGAGAAACUCAAUGAGAUACGGUAGUUAUGUAGUAGCCUAUGAUCUACAUUUCAAUCACCCAAACACUGAAAUCAUGGCUAAAGUGACUUUCAAAACUAUUCUAAGGUGCUACUGCACAUCAAGUCCCCCUUUUAAAAUGCCUGCCAAAAUCCUAAUUAAUCCUUAAGAGUCUAUUGACGCACCCGUGCAUAAUAAACAUAAUAAAAAAAUCCCCAUCAAAAUCCGUCAGUUUAAGCUAGAGAUAUCUGCAUGGGCUGCGUCUCAAUCCACCGCAUCCUCCUAUGUCACCUUUCCGCAUCUGCGGUGGAAAGUGGCAGAGGGACAGCACUGUUUGUCAGACCAGGAGACAAACCAAAAAUCGGUGUCCGAAUGGUUUGUCCUACUUAUUAAUAUGACCACUCUAUGGAUAGAUGAGACUUUCACGAACAUGAUGGUGUCCUCCGGGUCGGCUGAAGGCAAUUCAAACAAAUCAAUGGAAGUAUGGAGGUAGUUUUGUGGCAACAAAAAUAAGGGGUUAAAUAUGUGUCCCUAUCUCCUAGAUAUAGGACAGACACUUCAUAACCUUAUUCCUUAUGAUUUAUUUUUUGACUGUCUUUUUUGCCCUUUAUGAAUGUGUUAUUCAAUGCGUUUCUAUGGGCUAUAGUAGUAAAUAAUUAUUUAACAUAUUUUUUUAUACCUACAAAAAUGUAAUAGCUAAAUGAUCCAUGGUAUGAACAUGUUAAAACAAUUCCAUAUGUUAGCUUAGUAGAACCCCCCCAACGGCUUACACUAAGAAAAUGACCUACCCUCUCCCUCUGUUCUCUCUCUCUCUCUCUCUCUCUCUCUCUCUCUCUCUCUCUCUCUCUCUCUCUUGCUCUCGCUCUCGCUCUCGCUCUCUCUCUCGCUCUCUCACCCUUGCUCUCCCCCUCUUUCUCUCUCUAUCCCCCUCUUCUUUGUCCAGUGUCUAUAUUGAAAACAUAACGUCCACCAGAUAUCUAACAUACUGUAUGGUCAUGGUCGUGACAGGCAGUUCUGCCUAACUGAUGUUCAUCAUGCCUCAUGCAUGCCACAGAGUGUCCCCAUAACUGUAAUAUGUUCUAAUUGUAUGAGCUCUACUGCUGCUGCUGUGGCCAUAGAAUAAUAAUUACUAGAAAGGACAACCAUUCAAUUGACUUGAAUAGGAAUGCCUGUUCUAAUAAUGAUGUUUCUAUGCUAGCCUGAUUCUCUGAGUCUCUCCUCAUUAGUGAAGCUCCUCUCCAUUGAUUGGACUGAUCUCAUCAUUGGGUUUCGUGGCAGCUCUCUCCGAUGGUUCUCUGGGAUUUACUGGCUAAAAUCAAUCCACUGGUUUUAAUCAGUACGCUAGCCCGUUUAACAUGCAAGAGAGAGAGAGGGGUGUAGGAGGGACUGGGUCUGCCUGACAUUUAGCACCACACAUACACACACACACACACAUACACACACACACACACACACACACACACACACACACAGUGGCUGUAACUCAUGAAGAGUAACUUAGGAUCUACGGUGUUAGAUUGUUUCAGAGUGAUUGAGGGUCUUUUAAAUGCACUUUCUGAUACCAGGCUUUGUAUUGUCAAGAUAUAUUAUAAGAUGAUUAGGCUAGCCUGUAUGAAACAUACAUUACAUUGACAUAUGCAUCUAUAUUACAGUACACAGACAUUUAGCUGAUGAGACGAUCUGCAUUAUGCUAGUAAAACAUUCCAACAUCAUUAAGAAAUUAUAGAAAAUAUUCCAUUGCUGUAUUAUAACACAUUCAUAGGGAAGCAGAGGAUAUGGGGAAUGAGUCAGGGUUUGGGUGAAUUCCAUUGCAAUUUUCCUCAUUGAAAAUGAAUUGGAAUUUCAGUUUAGAUGGGGAAUUGACUGAAUUGAAACGGAAUUGAACCUGACUCUGAAAUGUGUGAAGACUUGAUCCUAUGGUGUCAGGGUGGAUACUAAUAUUUUCCCCCUUCUGUCCAUCUCUUUAGUAACCUCUGACCUCUAACCUCACUGUCCUCUUGGUUAAUUUUUAGACCAGCAGUAGUGGUAACAUCCUAAUGGAUGGGCAUGUGUUGUUUUGUUGCUGUGAGAUAGUUAUCAGCCCAGCAGACUGCAGCCCUAAGGGGUGGAUAUGACAGGAUAGUUACAUCCCAAAACCCAGUGAGUCAUGCCAGCUCUCCGUCUGCAUCAUUAAUCUGACUGACUUUAGGAAUACCCUCCUUUCCUCUUUCUAAAUGAAUUGUAGGUUAAUGAUGUGGAUUAUUAGGCAUAACCAUGAAGGCACUCACUCCUUGAUUAAUAUAAUACACCCCAAAGUAGACUGCGUCUCUGCCCCUCCCCCACCUGUAUGUGCUAUUCAACAUCCAAAUAUUCACACUAGUGUACCUUUUAGAAUGGAUGCCCAAUGCAUUGCUUCAUAGAAGGCUAGUGUGGAUAUUGGAACAGUCCUGUCCUCCUCUCCUCUUCUUAUCUCCAAUUCCAGUAUCCCUCCAUCCCACUUCCACACUACUGGUCCACUUUCCACCUCGACACACCGCUGCAGGCGUUAGUAAUGAUUGAGUUCAGGCCUAGCCAUGAUAGGAAUGUUGAUGCCGUUUUAGUUUUUCUAUUUUUUUCUUUCUACUGAAUCCUCCCCAUCUAUGAUUCAUGCAACAGAACGUCUCCAUUUGUAGCAAGGAAAGAGGGAGGAGCAGAGUGGAGGAGAGGAAAGUGAGGUUGAGAGAGAGAACAUGUGGCUCAUAGUUAGGAGCUCUGCUGUCAGUGGUGGGUCAGCUCUCUCACAACGCCUGGAGAAAAGUUGACCAUCUCAGAAACAACAUACAUAUAUUGCAAUCUUCUGAGAUGUGCAAAAAUAAGACAACCUGAGAGCUCCACUGUACAGUGUGUUGUAUGGCUGUGGCGUUGUGAGCCUGAGUGGAUAGCUCCACUGUGUAGUGUGUUGUAUGGCUGUGGUAAGAGAGGGGAGGAAAAGUGCCUCUUCUGUGAAGGAUUAAUGGUAGUGGAGGCCUCACUGUGAUCUGACACCCUCCCUCCCUCUCCUCCUUCCUCUCCCUCCCUCCCUUCCUUUACUCCCUCCCUCCCUCCCUCCCUCCCUCCCUCCCUCCCUCCCUCCCUCCCUCCCUCCCUCCCUCCCUCCCUCCCUCUCCUCCUUCCUCUCUCUCCUUCUCUCCCUCCCUCCCUCCCUCCCUCUCUCCCUCCCUCCUCCAGCUACUGGGGAACAGGAUACCUAGGCUAUAGCUCAGCGGCUAACACAGUCUUGCUACAUACAAGAGACCUGGGUUCAAACCCCAGUUGGUCAUAACAGCAGGUCCUUCCUCCCCCUCCCUUUCCCCCCCUCGCUCAUCCCUCUUCUCCUGAGUAAUGUGUCCAUAUUUAAUUGAAAUGGCUCCCCAGCCCCCUGUUUGCAUCAUGUCCAUCGAUCUCUGCAUUUAAAUCAGUGGCCAUUUAAUGCAGAGUCACACCCUGGGCUCCCCGGUCCGUGACUGCCCUUCUCUUCCCCGACCAUUUGGGAGACACACACCCACGCCUCGCACACACACGCACACGCACACACACACUCACCUCUUAAUCUUCCCUGGGAGGCAGAGGGAUGCUAGCCACCUCCAUGCAGAAGCUGACGGACACACUGAUCAUGAUAAUGAUAGUCGGCCUUCUUCCCUGCCUUUGAACUGCCUUAAUUAAUUGGUCCGAUAUUAUUAGUGUGUCUGACUGUUUCUUAAUGCCAUAAUGUAAGUUAUAAUAUAGUAAUGAUAAUGUAAUAUCUAUAUUUAUGACACACACACACACACAUUCAUACUACAUGCACACACACACACACACACACACACAUACAUUCAUACUACACACAUCACAACUACUGCUACCAGACUCUUAUUAUGAUUGCUAAAUACUGCAAAAUUUAAACACUUGCCCCCCUUCCCCAAAACAUGUGUAAAUAUUGCACUAUAAAUUGUGCUUCCUGUAUUAUACUGAUGCUAAAAUGUUUAUUCUAUUCUACUGAUCUAUUUACUUUAUGUUCGUAUUCUUAUCUUUUAUUAUUUAUUAUUGUUGUUGCAUUGUCGAGAAGGAACCUGCAAGUAAGCAUUUCGUUGGACAGUACUGUAUACCAUGUUUCUCCUGUACAUACGACUUGAAACUUGAACUAAACAAAGAGGGUUGAUGGACUGUGUUACCUCCUGUGUAAAAACAGCAGAAGUUGAUGAGUAUGAUCUGUUUGAUAUUGUUCAGGUAGUUCAAAGUACAUGCUCUCCAUCACUCAAUGGUCAGGAGUGAGCUGAGAAAACAUCCUUAAGAUGAAAGCUGUAGUCAUUUCUAAAGGCAUAUUUUUUUAAACAUUUUUAGUCAUUUAGCAGACGCUCUUAUCCAGAGCGACUUACAGGAGCAAUUAGGGUUAAGUGCCUUGCUCAAGGGCACAUCGACAGAUUUUUCACCUAGUCGGCUCGGGGAUUAGAACCAGCGACCUUUCGGUUACUGGCACAACACUCUUAGAUACAGACUGAAGUGUUUCGUGAAGCAACAAGCUAGUCCUAUUGUUCCUCUACAGAAGCUACACUGUUGACGUUCAAAACGUCAAACUACUCAGAUAUUCUACCACAGCUUGUCAUUAUUUCAAACCCGUCUCACAGCAGCUGGCUAAUUCAAUUCUAUCCUUUGAUAAUGUGGAGAAUCAUUAACUAUUUAUGGCCUGGUCUAUAUGAAGACACACCCAUGUUCUUUGUGCUCUUUUGGAGGCGGUGGUACCGUAUCCUUUUCUGUGUUGUUCUGUACAUCACAUUGUAAAUAAAUUAGCUUGGAUAUAUGUAAUAUGUAAUGAACGGUGACGUCAUCGUCUAGUGUGGUAUAUAUAGCCAUAAAGGGAAAUGUAGAUAGAUUAUACCCAUUAGAUAGCAAUUGGAAGUCCUAUGUAAUCAGAGUUAACAACAUUAUCCCUUCGAGCCUCUCAUUUUCCCUUUGAUUAGACUAAGAAAUGAGAAUCACCUUUCACUGAUGCCAAAUAUAACCGAUAAACAAAGUGAACGAGAGAGAGGAGACUCAAGUAACCAAGGGGUGUGUGUGUGUGUGCGUGGUGUGUGUGUGUGCCCUCAUACGUGUGUGCAGACGUUUUCAUGCAUGUGUGUGUGCCCCAACAUUGUUUUAACAGAGGAAUGUGUAGAGCAAGAAGCAGGGUAGGUGGGUGGGCAGUAAGACACAGCAGUGUGUUUGCGGGAUGUGUAAAAUGAUUGAUUGGCAGUUGCGGCCAGCCUUUAAGGAGGGGUGGGAGGAAUGCUUUAUGCAGAUGGAGAAUUCCAAGGCUGUUGCUGUGGUAACGGCAGAGGGACUGGAGGUAUUGCUCUGUGUUGAGUGGGGGGAGGACAAGGGGGCGUUUAGAGGGGAGAGAGAGAGAGGGGGGAGUAGUUGCUUAAGGAUUCCAAGCACAGGAGUAGGAGCAUCUGCCUGCUCUGCUGCCCCCAACCAGCCUCACUGUUCUGUUCCACUUGCCUAAUCCACUGCUAAAAAAGAUCAUUGUGGAUUUAGUGCCUUGGUUGUCCUCAUCUCCCCCUCUGAAAGACCAAUAGGGGAGAGGAUGACAGGGAAAAGAGAGAGGAAAGGCAAAGUACGUCUCAGCUCAGUAUGAGAAGUGAUAUCCCUCCGAGAUAAUCCCUGGUCUCUGUUCUCUCUAUGUCUCUCUCUAUGUCUCUCUCUAUGUCUCUCUCUAUGUCUCUCUCUCUCUAUGUCUCUCUCUCUAUAUGUCUCUCUCGCUCUAUGUCUCUCUCUCUCUAUGUCUCUCUCUGUCUCUCUCUCUCUAUGUCUCUCUCUCUAUGUCUCUCUCUCUAUGUCUCUCUCUCUAUGUCUCUCUCACUCUAUGUCUCUCUCUCUAUGUCUCUCUCUCUAUGUCUCUCUCUCUCUCUGUCUCUCUCUCUAUGUCUGUCUCUCUCUCUAUGUAUCUCUCUCUCUAUGUCUCUCUCUCUCUCUAUGUCUCUCUCUCUCUCUAUGUCUCUCUCUCUCUAUGUCUCUCUCUCUCUAUGUCUCUCUCUCUCAUUCUCUCGCUCUCUCUGUCUCUCUAUGUCUGUCUCUCUCUCUAUGUAUCUCUCUCUCUAUGGUCUCCUCUCUCUCUCUAUGUCUCUCUCUCUCUAUGUCUCUCUCUCUAUGUCUCUCUCUAUGUCUCUCUCUCUGUGUCUCUUUCUGUGUCUCUCUCUCUCUCUGUGCCUCUCUCUCUGUGCCUCUCUCUCUCUGUGCCUCUCUCUCUAUGCCUCUCCUUGUCUCUCUCUAUGCCUCUCUCUUCUCUCUCUCUCUCUAUGUCUCUCUCUCUCUAUGUCUCUCUCUCUCUGUCUCUCUCUCUCUCUAUGUCUCUCUCUCUAUGUCUCUCUCUCUCUAUGUCUCUCUCUCUCUCUAUGUCUCUCUCUCUAUGUCUCUCUCUCUCUAUGUCUCUCUCUCUCUAUGUCUGUCUCGCUCUGUCUGUUUCUUUCUCUCACACACACUCUCUUUCUAUCUUUCUCUCUCUCUCUCUCUCUCUCUCUACUCACCCAACUACAGGUUGUUUCUUCUAUUACUUAUGAUGUCUCCUUUCUGCAUUAUAUUUCUAAAAGAAAACAGUCUACUUCUUCAUGUUGUCUUGGACCCCUGUUAACAAGUGUCUGUCCUCUCCUCUAGGUUCUCCCUACUACGACAACGUUAGGCCUCUCUGUUACAGCGACUCUGACGCGGUGCUCCUCUGUUUCGACAUCAGCCGCCCAGAUAUUUUUGACUGUGGGCUCAAGAAGGUAAUGUUCCCCAUCUCUCACUUAUGUCUGUCUGUCUGUCUCUCUCUUUCUCUCUCGCUCUAAACAGUCUUCAUAUCUGUCGGCAAAUCCUCAGAGCUUCUAUCUAUACUGAACAAAAAUAUAAACGCAACAUGCAAUGUGUUGGUUCCAUGUUUCAAGAGCUGAAAUAAAAGAUACCAGAAAUGUUCCAUAUGCACAAAAAGCUUGUUUACAUCCCUGUUAGUGAGGAUUCCUCAUUUGCCAAGAUAAUCCAUCCACCUGACAGGUGUGGCAUAUCAAGAAGCUGAUUAAAAAGCAUGAUCAUUACACAGAUGCACCUUGUGCUGGGGAAAAUAAAAGGCCAAUCUAAAAUGUGCAGUUUUGUCACGCAACACAAUGCCACAGAUGGCUCAAGUUUUGAGGGAGUGUGCAAUUGAUAUGCUGACUCCAGGAAUAUCCACCAGAGCUGUUGCCAGAGAAUGUAAUGUUCAUUUCUCUACCAUAAGCCACCUCCAACAUCGUUUUAGAGAAUUUGGCAGAACGUCCAACCAGCCUCACAACAGCAGACCACGUGUAACCACGCCAGCACAGGACCUCCACAUCCGGCUUCUUCACCUGCGGGAUCAUCUGAGACCAGCCAGCCAGACAGCUGAUGAAACUGAGGAGUAUUUCUGUCUGUAAUAAAGCCCUUUUGUGGGGAAAAACUCUGUCUUAUAGGCUGGGCCUGGCUCUCCAGUGUGUGGGCAAAUGCCCUCUCAGGCCCUCCUAUGGCUGCGCUCCUGUCCAGUCAUGUGAAAUCCAUAGAUUAGGGACUAAUUAAUUUAUUUCAGUUGACUGAUUUCCUUAUAUGAACUAUAACUUAGUAAAAUCGUUGAAAUUGUUGCGUGUUGCUUCAUACAUCAUGUAUGUUGACAACCCUUUAAAUAAGUGGAUUCGGCUAUUUCAGCCAAACCCGUUGCUGACAGGUGUAUAAAAUCGAGCACACAGCCAUGCAAUCUCCACAGACAAACAUUGGCAGGAGAAUGGCCUUACUGAAGAGUUCAGUUACUUUAAACGUGGCACUGUCAUAGGAUGCCACCUUUCCAACCAGUCAGUUCGUCAAAUUUCUGCCCUGCUAGAUCUUCCCCGGUCAACUGUAAGUGCUGUUAUUGUGAAGUGGAAACGUCUAGGAGCAACAACGGCUCAGUCACAAAGUGGUAGGCCACACAAGCUCACAGAACGGGACCGCCGAGUGCUGAAGCCCGUAGCACGUACAAAUCAUCUGUCCUCAGUUGCUACACUCACUACCGAGUUCCAAACUGCCUCUGGAAGCAACGUCAGCACAAUAACUGUUCGUUGGUAGCUUCAUGAAAUGGGUUUCCAUGGCCGAGCAGCCGCACACAAGCCUAAGAUCACCAUGUGCAUUGCCAAGCUUCGGCUGGAGUGGUGUAAAGCUCGCCGCCGUUGGACUCUGGAGCAGUGGGAACGCAUUCUCUGCAGUGAUGAAUCACGCUUCACAAUCUGGCAGUCCGACAGACGAAUCUGGGUUUGGCAGAUGGCAGGAAAACACUACUUGCCCGAAUUGGCAUAGUGCCAACUGUAAAGUUUGGUGGAGGAGGAAUAAUGGUCUGAGGCUGUUUGUUAUGGUUCUGGCUCCUUAGUUCCAGUGAAGGGAAAUCUUAACGUUACAGCAUACAAUGACAUUGUAGACGAUUCUGUGCUUCCAACUUUGUGGAAACAGUCUGGGGAAGGCCCUUUCCUGUUUCAGCAUGACUGGCCUGCACAGAGCCCUGACCUCAACGCCAUCGGACACCUUUGGGACCAAUUAUAAUAAUAAUAAUAUGCCAUUUAGCAGACGCUUUUAUCCAAAGCAACUUACAGUCAUGCGUGCAUACAUGUAUUUUUUUUUUUUUGUGUAUGGGUGGUCCCGGGGAUCGAACCCACUACCUUGGCGUUACAAGCGCCGUGCUCUACCAGCUGAGCUACAGAGGACCACGCAGACUUGGAACGCAGACUGCGAGCCAGGCCUAAUCGCCCAACAUCGGCGCCCGACCUCACUAAUGCUCUUGCGACUGAAUGGAAACAAGUCCCCGUAGCAAUGUUCCAACAUCUAGUGGAAAGCCUUCCCAGAAGAGUGGAGGCUGUUAUAGCAGCAAAGAGUGGGACCAACUCCAUAUUAAUGCCCAUGAUUUUGGAAUGAAAUGUUUGACGAGUAGGUGUCCACAUACUUUUGGACAUGUAGUGUAUGUCUCCAGCCAUCAGGCUAGAAAUAAUCUGGCUGUUAUUGGGGUUUUCAAAAAUUGCUAUUCAAAACAGAGGCAAUGUAUUGUUGCUGUCUAGUUUAUAGCUAGUUUAUGUGCUUCACCAGGUCCUUAGACUACUUAUGUAGGUAUUCAUAAGGCAAGUACAUUAGUCAUUUGGGAGACCUAUCUAUAGAAUUACGAAUUAGAAUACUAGAAUGGGCAUGAACCAUAUGAUGCUCUAAAAGGUCAGCCAUUUUGGUAAGGGAGUUGGUCAACCAUGGUUUGUUUGCCAGUGAUGUGAUAAUAUAUUGUGUAAAACAAUGAAUUUGAAGAUUAUCUGCACUGUUUGUUAGCUAGCUGUAGCCAGCCAGUUUUAGAGGAAUGAUCAGUGUAGCCAACAAUGUUUCUGUGAGAUCCGCUAUUGGCUUCUUGAUUUGUCGCUAGAAGUCGCUAGAUGACGUUUUGUAGUUUCCACGACGACGUCACACCACCAAUUUGCCCUGCUGCGCGUUUUCGCCCCCCUCUCCCACCGAACACCCCCUCCCCUUGUGCUUCUCUGCCUGUGUGCGUGCUGAUGCUGUGACUUCUGUUGCACAGACAGCUUCUCCCACUCUCGUUUGCAGCAGAAUUGAGUGGGAAAUGUAGCAAAAUGCUAUCAAAACCAUAGAAACCCUCUGUCAAAACUCCCCAAAGCAGCCUGAAAAGUAACUGAAUUUGUUGCUAGAAUCUUAUACCAAUAAAUGUUACUGGAGGGGUCUGAAAAUGCGCUAAAUAUAGCGACAAAGUCACUAAGUUGGCAACACUGGGAAUGAUAACAUACAUUUCUCAAAUUAACUGCCAAUAUGCCAACAUUCCAUUUAAGCAAUGCAGUCAGUCCACAGCCAUACACUGGCUGAAAUCAGUUGAUGAUGUGACUUAGACAAGUUGUAAUGAAACAAGUACUGAUAUUGUAUCAUAUAAUAACACUCACAGCUUUCCAAGAAAAUAUAAAUUGAGACAUUUAUGGUCUGUUUACAUAUAUUUUAGAGGCUAUUUAUACAGAAGAUUGGUAUAAAAUCCAUAUUAACUGUAUUUUGGGUUGACAAUUUUUAUAUUUCUGAAAUAUCACAUGCCUUACUUAUAUUUUCCUGUAUAAGUAAAAACAGGAAAUGCAUCACCUAUGCCUCUACAGCCAUUUAUUCCAAUUAGGAAUGAAUUCAGGAUCUCUAUCUGGACUUAUCCCUAAUCAUGACUUGUUCAUUAUCAUGACUACAUGUGAGUAAAUAUCUGCUCUGUUGUCUUUCCAGUGGAAGACAGAGAUCCUAGAUUUCUGCCCCAGCACACGCAUUCUUCUAAUUGGCUGUAAGACCGACCUGCGCACUGAUGUCUGCACCCUGAUGGAGCUGUCCAAUCAGAAACAGGUCCCCAUCACCCAUGAGCAGGUGAGACUGAGAUCGCGCACACACAAACACACAUACACACACACACACACUGGGUCUGUUCAGGAGGGUGCGAUGUUCAGAUAGAGCUGUUUUAUCUGUUGUAUGGAACAGAACAAGUUCUCACCCACUCUCUCCUCUGCCCCCCUCUUCCCUCCUAUCCCAGGGUUCCUCCAUGGCCAAGCAGCUAGGCGCUGAGGCCUACCUGGAGUGUUCAGCGUUCACCUCAGAGAAGAGUAUCCACAGUGUGUUCCGGACGGCCGCUCUGGCUUGCAUCAACAAGCUCCAGCCGCUCCCCAAGACCAGCCCCACCCGACACCUCUCCAAGAGACUCCUCCACCUCCCCAGCCGCUCCGAGCUGCUCUCCUCUACCUUCAAGAAGGAGAAGACCAAGAGCUGCUCCGUAAUGUGAGUGGAGACCCAGGGCGGGGGGUGUCGCUCCCCUCCCACACGCUGCUCCGAUUCCCCAGACCCCCUGACUGUUUGGUUCGGGGAAGGUGGGGGUGGGUUUCAUCACGAUGGCUUAAUCAAGAGAAGGCUCUUCUUCCAUGUUGAAUCCUUCCUCACUCCCCCUCAAAGUGAAAUCAAUUCAGAACAGGUGGACACCUUGCUGUCCACGUUGUCCUGAAGUACUCUCCAGAGCAUAUCUCAUAUUUUUCAGUACUGUACCUUGGCUUUUUGAUCAUCAGCUAACUAUUGUUCUCACCUGUUACAGUAACGGUAUGCAACCAUGAUGGUGUGACAUCCCAAUUAUUUAGGCACAUGGUGAUUUGUCCAAAUUGGAAAAUGUGCAACAAGUGACAAAGUUUUAACCUUGUGAAGAAAAAAUGCCUCUCAAGUCAAAAAAUAUAUCAAACAUUACUGAACAUUGUAUCCCUCCUACACUGCAGAGUGGGAACUAUAAGGUGUAGCAACGUGAGCAAAUCGGUGGUCUCCCAAAUGGGUGUUUGUGCUCUUCUUGAUUUAGGCCCAACGGGGGCUGAUUGAGAGAGGUGUAAAGAGAGGAGUGUUUGAUUUGACCACAGCGAGAACAGAGGGCCAUUACACGUCUCAUUGUCUCGGCCGUGAUAAGAGCAGCAGGUCUAGACAGACAGACAGACAGGCAGGCAGGCAGGCAGACAGGCAGAGACACAUACAGGCAGACAGACAGGCAGACACCAGGCUAGACUGAGAAGUGUGAGCCAUCCGCGCUCUUCUAGGCUCUCAGUCAGUGGAGUACCAGGCUAAAGAGGCAAUGUACAGAACAGAUAGAUAAUGGAGCUUUGGGAUAAGCAAAGAAAAGAGGGAAGUAAAAAAAAUUAAGUACAUGUACUGGAGUGAUAGAAAUCCAGUUCUCUCCCACCAUUUGAUAAAGAGGAAAUGACUUCUAGGGAGUGGGGUAUUGUUCUAACCUGGGCCAUAGACACAACAUGGUUUAAUGUAGAUCUGUCAAGAGAUCUGUGAAGUUACAUAUGGUAAUAACCAGGUCAGUGUUGAAAUUCCCCUGAGGUGAUUCUUUAAAGGACUGUCUGUUUGAAACUAGAAUAUGCUGCUUAAAAACUGUCAGGCUGAAUCCACUGGGGAAAUGUGAUUUCCAGUUUACGAAGUCCUACUACAGGAUAAAAUGUUGUAGCAUCACAUUAUUAGGAUUUUGAUCAGUGUUUCCCCUAUAUUCAUUUAGCAACGUUGGGUCUAAAACCAGAUAUAAAGCAUGCAGAAAAGAUAAUGGAUCUAUAUAUUUUUUAAUUAGAUCAUCUUUGAUAACGAACAAUCACCAAAAUAAAAACUAGACAGUCAGGAAGAAUCUAAAAUUCCAUUCAGGGCAUAGGCCCAUAUUGAUCUUGUUAUAAUGUUUGAGUCACUCAGAGAGCAUAAGAACACAGCAUAAGCCAUGACAAAAUGUGUAGAACUGUAGCCAAUUAGCUUUAAAACAGCAACAUUUUGUCUGCGGCCAAGAGGACGGCCUCUAAAAUGUUUGGUCGGAGGCCACGCCAUUGGCCACUCGUGUUGGGUUUCAUCACGAGGGCUUUAUCAAGAGAAAGCUUUCUUCCAUGUUGAAUCCUUCCACCCCCACCCCCCUCAAAGUGAAAUAUAUUCAGAACAGGUGGACACCUUGCUGUCCACUUUGUCCUGAAGUACUCUCCAGAGCAUAUCUCAUAUUUUUCAGUACUGUACCUUGGCUUUUUGAUCAUCAGCUAACUAUUGUUCUCACCUGUUACAGUAACGGUAUGCAACCAUGAUGGUGUGACAUCCCAAUUAUUUAGGCACAUGGUGAUUUGUCCAAAUUGGAAAAUGUGCAACGUGUGACAAAGUUUUUACCUUGUGAAGAAAAGUUUUAACCCUCCCCACACGCUAACUUUGCCACCGCUGCUGAAGAAAAUCCUAGGGGAAACACUGUUGAUAACCAACAAAGAUCAAACCAUGUGCAGUUUAUAUUAUGGCUUUCACAUCAUAUCCCCCAAGUUCAUCCUGAUUGUUGAAAAUAUGGCUGUUGAUUUAUUUCAUUUUCAACAAUCUUAUGUAGCACUCCAUUUCCUUUACUCUCUUACUCUUCCUAAAUAUUUAUUUUCAUCCUUCUAUAUCUCUUUCUCUCGUUCCUCUAGUAAACCUCCAAUGAGCAGCACUUAAGUCCCACCAACAUGGAGGGCAGUCCAGUCCAAUAUGUCGCUAAACUAUUACCCUUUUUUUGCUUAAAUCUUUGGCUUCAUGGUUAUACAUGUGUGUGUACAGUAUGGCAUUGAUCUAUCUCUGCUUUAACCAUCAAGCAAUAAUGAUUCAAGUGAUUGUGAUGCAAAGUCAACUGAUCGAGUGGCAAUAACAAUGCAGCUUUGGGAUCAAUUUGGGAGAUAUGUCAUGCUACAGCUCCAUGGACAUACAGUAGCCUAUGUACAGUAUGGCAAAACAAACUGAACCAUCAUCAUUUCUGCUGUAAAAAAAAGCUGCCGUCCCAUCUGUGUUUGCCCCUUCCUCUUCUUCUACCCGUCAGUAGCCACUGGUAUGUAGGGUAACCAAUGACAUGGCUUGCUGUGCCACUAAACAAGUUUUGAAUUUGAGAGUAAAGGGGGUCAGUGAGUGAGUAAAGGAAAUAAGACUAAGAAGAGAUGAUCUGGUCUAAGACAUUAGGCUCCAGCCACUGUUGGCUUGUUGAAGCAUUUUGCAUUGGGGUACGUUAUGUGGAAGCCUCCUAACUUCAAACAACUGACUAACAAAAUGCACAGGCUGGCCCUGUCCAAAUAAAUAUAUUUUUUUCCAUUAUUCGUUUUUGGGUUUAUUGGGUUUUAAUUUUCGUAUUAAAGCGUGAAUUGAAUCCUUGUUUUUGUUUUGUGACUGAGACUGUGUUUGUUAACCUACACUACAGGUCAAAAGUUUUUUAUUUUUACUAUUUUCUACAU